CUGGUUUUCUCUCCGGGGAGCAAGUUGCAAGAGAAAGACAGGCCGAGAAAAAAUUUAAAGCGCAAGGAGUGGAGAGAGGAGAGGUGAUUAGUCCGAAACCAUGUUUGGUAUGAUCAGAAAUUCCCUCUUCGGAAAUUCCGAGGAGACAGAUUAUAAAGUGCUCAGCAGCGAGACCAAGAACGGAGUUAGCUUUCAGGUGAGACGGUACGAUGCUGCAAAGUACGCUUCCAUCUCCUCUGAAGGAAGAACGUAUGAUCAAGUAAUCGGAGAGCUGGUGCGGAAACUGCUGAUGUACAUUGGCGGAAACAACGAGCAAGGUGAGGCCAUGGGGAUAGCGUUUCCCAUCAUCAUCACAGUGUACCCACGGAAUGAUGGCGUUUUCUCCCGACGUUUGGUGGUGGGCAUCCGAAUCCCCAACGCCUACCAGCGGGAGCCUCCAGUUCCCACAGACAGUGCCAUCAAGGUUGAGGAGCGGCCCGGCAUGACUGUAUAUGCUCUACAGUUUGGCGGCUUCGCAGGGGAGAGUGAGUAUCGGGCGGAGGCCUCCCGCCUGAUGCGCACCCUAGGCGAGACGACCCCCUUUCAGCGCAAGCAGUACUUCUGCUGCAGCUACGACCCACCGCUCAAGCCUUAUGGACGAAGAAAUGAAGUCUGGUUUCUACAGGAAGACCCAUGAGAAGACAAUCAGUUACAGCCAACAAUUAAUCCUCUAAAAAAAUAUCUUUCACAUUGU